AUGCUGUCAUCCGUCGUACUGCUGCUCGUGGCAUGCACAAGCGAUGCAUUCAUCACACCGACGACGCAUUCGACGCGUGCACCACAACUCUCCGCAGCAAAACGCGACGGCACCAGCGAUUGCGUCGUCAUCGGCUCCGGCUUAGGUGGUCUCAGCGCAGCCGCACUGCUAGCACAGUACGGCUACUCGGUCACCGUCUGCGAGUCGCACGACCGAAUCGGUGGCUGCGCGCACGGCUUCGAGCGCCGCACGGCUGCUGGGACGUUUCACUUCGACAGCGGGCCGUCGCUGUUUAGCGGUUGCUCGGCGCCGUCGUCGAACCCGCUGCGCCAAGUACUGGACGCGGUCGGCGAGACGCCGGAAUGGAAGUCAUACAACGAGUGGACCAUGUACGUGCCCGAGGGCGUCUUUCGCGUCAAGUCCGGCGACAAGCGGGCCUUCGAGGCGGAGCUGCGACGCCUCGGCGGCGCGUCGGCGGCUGCCGACUGGCGACAACUCCUCGCCGCGAACGAGGCGCUCGCCGCGCUCGUCGCUGGCGUCCCGCCGAUCGCCCUCCGGGCCGAUGUGGGCGCCUUACAAACUGCUGUGUCGAGCUACGUGCCGAAGCUAGAUCCGACGCUCCUGGCGCGCUUCGGCGCGGAUUUCCUGCUCAAAGGAGUCGACCCGUCGGGGCCUUUCUCGCGCGUGCUCGACGCGGCCGGCAUCAAGCCCACGUCGCUGGUCUACCGCUGGUUCGACUUUCUAGCUUUCGCGCUCUCGGGUCUUCCGGUCACGGAGACGUCCGCGGCGGCGGUGUCGUUCAUGAUCAAGGAGUUCUUCGCCGACGGCGCGGUCAUGGACGUCCCCAUGGGCGGUUCCCCCGCGAUCGCCGCGGCCCUCGAGCGGGCCAUCACGAAGCACGGCGGAGAAAUCUUGACAAAGGCGCACGUCGACGAGAUCAUUGUGGAAGACGGCGCCGCCGUCGGCGCGCGACUCAAGGACGGCUCCGAGCGCCGCGCGACCCACGUCGUGUCGAACGCGCCGGUCUGGGCGACGGCGAGGCUCCUUCCGGCGUCGGUGCACGGCACCGUGGGGUCGUGCCUCGACGCGACGGCGCCGAAGACGCCCUCAUUUCUACAUCUGCACUGCGGCUUCGACGCGACGGGCCUGGAUCCGCUGGCGGUGCACCACAUCAUUGUCCGGGAUUGGUCAGAUGUGACUGCGAAUGAUAACCUCGUGUUUAUCUCGAUUCCGUCGGUGCUAGACAAAGACGCGGCGCCGGCGGGCCACCACGUCCUGCACGCCUACUUGCCGGCGACGGAGCCCUACGCGGACUGGGUCGGUUUGGACCGAGAGGCGUAUCGGGAGAAGAAAGAGGAGAGGGGAGAGGUGCUGUGGAAGGCCGUGGAAGAGUUUAUCCCGGACAUCCGCGAACGCGCUGUUUAUUCGUCCAUCGGGACGCCGCUCACGCAUGAACGGUUCCUGCGGCGGCCGGAAGGAACUUAUGGGAGCGCUUGGCCUGCUGGAAAGCAAACCUUCCCCGGCCACGCGUCGCCGGUCGACGGGCUCUACUGCUGCGGCGACUCGACGUUUCCCGGUAUAGGUGUCCCAGCGGUGUGCGGGUCGGGGAUGGCCGUGGCCCACGCUAUCGCGCCCGUCGACAAGCAUCUUCGCCUGCUGGACGAGAUGCGCCGGGCGGGGACGUUGGCCUAGUUCUGUGUGUUUUUUAACAAGCAAUGUAUACA